CCAGGCUCAGUGCGAUUAUAGAAGCCGACAGCGUUCCACGUGUAUUAGAAACUGGAAAUUACAUAGCGGUUUGCAAACAUGGGUGUAUUGACAAUAGUACAGCGUUUUCUAAUAGCGAAUGCGUUGACAGUAUACUACUCUGUACUAACUGUGCUGUUUAAAUUUUUGCCGAAAUAUUUAAUGAACCCAUUCGGUGAUCCGUGGGCGAUGAAAUUGAAGUUGGAACCACCGACGGAGCUGACUGACCCGAAGUAUGGAGUUCACAAAUACAUUAAAGCAAAUAACAUGAAACUACAUUACGUGGAUAGCGGGGAUCCUUCCAAGCCAUUGAUGUUGUUUCUUCACGGCUUUCCAGAGUUUUGGUACUCAUGGCGCCAUCAGAUAGUGCACUUCAAUAAAAAUUAUAGGUGUGUAGCCGUCGAUAUGAGAGGUUACGGGGACUCUGAAAGACCGGAAGGAGUGUCGUUCUACAAAAUGGAGUUACUAGUUGAGGAUAUCAGAGAUCUGAUCCGGCAGCUAGGUUACGAGAAAUGUAUUCUCAUAUCACACGACUGGGGCGGUCUGGUAGCAUGCAGCCUUCGCGACACGUACCCCGAAGUUUUGCACGCUCUCGUCAUGUUAGCGUCCACCUCACAUGAGGCUUGGGCUGAACUUAUGUGGACUACGGACGAACAAAGAAAAAAGUCAGGAUAUGUGUUUUCUUUUCGGGCACCUAAGAUACCAGAACUCGCUCUGCAGUUGGACAACUUAGCCAUCUUUGAUCAGUUCAUGCUUGUGAAAGGGAAAGACACUGUCACGACUCAAGAUAUUGAAUGUUUCAAAUAUUGGUUUGGAAAACAAACGGCAUUCACUCCGCCUCUCAACUACUAUCGCGCAAACUUCGCCUACACGUACAAGAAGAAAGUUCACAAGGAAAACGUGCCGUUCCUAGCAGUCCAUGGUAGCAACGACCGUUACCUUAGCCACGCUUUGCUGGACGUCAUGAAAGAUGCUUACACGAAUAUUGAAACAAUGAUUGUAGACGGUGUCGGCCAUUUUAUGCAGCAAGAGGAACCAGUCAAAAUAAACAAACUCAUAUCCGAUAUGUUGGCGAAACAUAAUCUAUGAUAGUUAUUGUAUUGUAUUCUGUAAUUAUUUUUAGUAACUGCAAGUGAUUAAGGUGUAUUAGUUUAUUUCUUGUAGGGGUCAUAAUUUGUUUACAAUUUAAAAGAUAUAAAAAUAAUAAUAUCAAAAAUAAAAGGUUUAAUUUUUCAUUUAUAAACAGUUUUAUUAAAACUCUAAUAAAACUUCGUAGCUCCUCAGGUUACGGACUGAGUUUUGGCAAUGCACUACGUUCAAACAUUAAUAAAGGAAGCAGUCGAAAUUAACAUUUUUUCUUUUUUGUAUCAGCCGGACUGAUUAUGUAAAUAAAAAGAAUUACUGGUUUUCAGUAGCGAUUCUAGUUACUAUGUAAUUAAGUAUAUCAUAUUUUAUUCUCUCAAACAACUAAAGAACAACGAGGCAGCAGGUGAAGAUGGAAUCACAGCAGAACUCCUGAAAGCGGGUGAACAAUUGAUACCUACUUCCUUCCGUGAUUGUUCUAUUCCCUUAUUCACGGAGCAUUAAGGGCACAAAACCUGAGGUGUAGCACAAAAGCGUGGUGGUUCUGUUCUUCAAAUAGGGUGAUAACACCCUACUGAAGAAUUACAGACCCAUCUUGUUGUCGAGCCAUGUCAACAAGUUGUUCUUGAGGGUCAUCACGAAUCGUAUCGUAAAUUUGGAAGGUCUAUAUCCAACAGUGGAUGACCAUCGUCUGGUAAUCAUGAUGCUGAUGAUCAUUUAUUGUCAUGAACCAGGGUAGCUUUAUGAAAAAUAGAUUAAACUUUUAAUAAAAUAGUA